AGACCACUGUUUGCAAAUAUUGCUACUAUGAACGCAUCACAGGCUGUCAGAACGGUUGCAUUCCACCCUAACGGCGAAGCUUUUGUUGUUGGUUCAAAUUCGAGAGUACUGCGCAUAUGUUCUGCGGAGCUUUUACAUGCAAACGGCGAAUUUGAUCCUAACGUCCCUCCACCAGAACCUAGAGUAUUUUUUUUUAGAGAGAGACACCAUCGUGGCUCUAUUUAUUGCGCUAACUGGAAUCGGUCUGGUGAAUUGCUUGCAACGGGUUCUAACGAUAAAUCUGUUAAAUUAUUGCGAUUUGAUAAUAAUGACUUUAUCCCAGCUGGAUCAGUCCAAGAUUUUAACUUCCACGAUGGAACUGUCCGCGACGUAACAUUCGACACAGAUCAUUCGUCUUUUCUUAUAUCAGGUGGAGGAGGCGAUUGUGCUAUAAAUAUCAUAGAUUGUGGAAGUGAACAAUUACUAACGUCCCUAAAAGGACAUAGCGCACAUGUCUUGGCCUUAUAUUCCUGGGGUUAUCAAAAAUUAAUUUCCGGGUCUACUGACGGCGUUGUAUGCAUGUGGGAUAUCAAUAGCGGAAAAUGUGCGAAAACCUUUAAAUUGUCAGAUUCUCCAGUAAAACAAGGAAUAACAUCCUUAUGUGUUAACCAUAGCAAUAAUUUAGCUGCCAUGGGGCGUGAAGACGGUGUUUGUGUUUUAUACGAUAUAAAAGCAGAUAAGAUUUUGCAUACGUUUCAUCCUCAUAAUGAAGAUUGUAGAUCUUUGAGGUUUUCACCAGACUCUAGGUAUUUAUUAUCAGCUUCAUACGAUGGUACUUUAAUACUUACCGAUAUGAAUGGUUAUGAAAAUAGCUAUCCAUCAUUUGUCGUCGGUCAACACGCAGAUAAAGCACUAAAAGUUUCAUGGCAUCCAGAACAGUAUGCUUUCGUAUCAUCUAGCGCAGAUGGAGAAGCAUCUUUAUGGAAGUUGUUGACUGUAUAG